GGUCAGUCCCCCUCCGCAGCCUCCCCGACAAACAAGGUCAGUCCCCCCGCGGCCCCCCGACAAACAAGUUGUGAUCCUACCGCUGAUAGAGCAAGAGAGUGGGCGUGUCCUGUGCGUCAUACUGAUGCAUUGCAGCACCUUGAAUGACUCCGAUGAGCACAACCUUCAUACAUUGGAGAAACAUAUGGUGGUGGCAUGCAAGCGGGUGUUGGCUGUCCAGAAGCUCCAGCCGUGGCCCCAAGUCAGCCUGUCGACUGGUUCCUCGGAGAAAUCACUAACCAAACCUGAACCCGAGCCCAGCGAAAGCUACGAUGAGCUGGAUCGCAAGAUCCUCCAGUUAUGUGGGGAGCUGUAUGACCUGGAUGCGGCAUCGCUGCAAAUUAAAGUUCUUCAUUAUCUGGAACAGCAGACCCAGUCCCCGUGCUGCUGCCUCCUCCUUGUGUCCGAAGAGAGUCACCAACUGUUCUGCCAGGUAGUCGGAGAGAAAGUACUUGAGGAAGAAAUCAGCUUCCCGCUGACAUUCGGACAUCUGGGCCAAGUGGUGGACAAGAAGAAGUCGAUCACGCUGCAUGACAUCAGUUCGGAAGAGCACAAGCAGCUGAACAACAUGUUGGGUUUCGAGGUUCGCUCCAUGCUGUGUGUUCCGGUGAUCUGUCGGGCGACGUCGCAGGUGGUGGCACUGGCCUGCGCGUUCAACAAACAAGGAGGAAACUACACAGAGGUAGAUGAGCACAUCAUCCAACAUUGCUUCUGCUACACGUCCACCGUCCUCACCAGCACCCUGGCCUUCCAGAAGGAGCAGAAACUAAAGUGCGAAUGUCAGGCCCUUUUGCAAGUUGCCAAAAAUCUCUUCACACACUUGGAUGAUGUGUCUGUCCUGCUCCAGGAGAUCAUCACAGAAGCCAGGAACCUCAGCAACGCAGAGAUAUGCUCGGUGUUCCUGCUGGAGAGAAACACUCAUGAACUGGUAGCCAAAGUGUUCGAUGGAGGAGUCAUUCCCCCCCCUAGAUGAUGAGAGCUACGAGAUCCGGAUCCCGGCAGAUCAGGGGAUCGCAGGACAUGUGGCCACCACCGGGCAGAUCCUCAACAUCAAAGAUGCCUAUUCCCAUCCUCUCUUCUACCGCGGUUAGUGGAUGACAGCACCGGCUUCAGGACCCGAAAUAUAUCCUGUGUUUCCCUAUUAAGAAUGAGAACAAUGAGGUCAUCGGUGUGGCAGAACUGGUCAACAAAAUUAACGGGCCAGGAUUCACCAAGUUUGAUGAAGAUCUGGCCACGGCAUUUUCCAUAUACUGCGGGAAUCAGCAUUGCUCACCUCCUUGCUGUACAAGCAAGUGCAUGAGGCGCAGUUCAGGAGUCACCUGGCCAAUGAGAUGAUGAUGUAUCACAUGAAGGUGUGCGAGGAGGAAACAAAGAAGUUACAGAGUAAAGGGAUCCUGCGCACCUCCCAGAUCGAUCCAAGCUUCUCACAGUUCUGCUACACCCCCCGAUCGCUCCCCGAGGACGACACUAUUAUGGCUAUCCUCAGUAUGUUUGAGGACAUGAGCUUCCUCAAUAACUACAAGAUAGACCGGACGACCCUGGUCAGGUUUUGCCUUAUGGUGAAGAAGGGGUACAGGGACCCCCCGUAUCACAACUGGAUGCACGCCUUCUCUGUCACCCACUUCUGCUAUCUCCUCUACAAGAACCUGGAGCUGGUCAACUACCUGGAGGAUAUUGAAAUCUUUGCCUUGUUUGUAUCCUGUAUGUGCCAUGACCUGGACCACCGGGGGACCAACAACUCCUUCCAAGUGGCCUCCAAGUCCGUCCUGGCUGCUCUCUACAGCUCGGAGGGCUCCGUGAUGGAGAGGCACCACUUCGCUCAGGCCAUCGCCAUCCUCAACUCACAGGGCUGCAACAUCUUCGAACAGUUCAACAGGAAGGAUUACCAGAGGAUGCUGGAUCUGAUGAGGGACAUCAUACUGGCCACCGACCUGGCACACCACCUACGAAUCUUCAAGGAACUCCAGAAAAUGGCAAGAGACGGAUACGACCCCAAAAACAAGCACCACCACAACCUCCUGAUCUGCCUCCUCAUGACCUCCUGUGACCUCUCUGAUCAAACCAAAGGCUGGACCACCACCAGAAAGAUCGCGGAGCUGAUCUACAAAGAAUUCUUUUCUCAGGGAGACCUGGAGAAAGCCAUGGGGAACCGACCCAGUGAGAUGAUGGACCGCGAGAAGGCCUACAUCCCGGAGCUCCAGAUCAGCUUCAUGGAACACAUCGCCAUGCCCAUCUACAAGUUGUUGAAAGAGCUGUUCCCUCUUUCGUCUGAGCUCUACGAAAUCGUGGCGGCCAACCGCGUCAAGUGGAUGCGGGUGUCGAACAAGUUCACCAUCAGGGGCCUGCCCAGUAACAACUCGCUGGACUUUUUGGACGAGGAGUACGACAUCCAGGAGAGCAUGGACGACGACUAUAAGAUGAACGGCUGCACCGACACCAAGGGACUCAACGGCUCGGUGACUGACGAAUAG